AUGCAUAUCUCAAACCACGUCGUCACUGCUUUGGCCAUCGCCGCCGGUACUGCCAGUGCCUUGGAUACGAAUGGCGAGCACACAGUAACGAUUACCUCUUGCGAGGAAACUGCUACCGCUGCUCCAGUUGUCCCACCCAGUGCUCCUAUCGUCCAGCCCAGUGCUCCGGCUGUUCAACCUAGCGUUCCGGCUGUUCAGCCCGGCGCUCCCGAGGCUCCUGCUGAAACUGGAGCUCCUACCGUCCCCGGUGCUCCCGCUGAGACUGGAGUCCCUAGCGCCCCUGCAGGAACCGGUGCCCCCGCUGAGUCCAGUGCCCCUGGGGCUCCCCUCGAUAUCCCUGGCAUCCCUGCUCAGUCUAGUGUCCCUCUCAUCAAGCCUACCGCCCCCGCUGUCCAGCCAACUGCCCCAGCUGGUAACACUACCGCUCCUGCCGUGACCCCGAAGCCCUCCGCAAGCUCCGGCUUCCCUAAGUUCGCCAACUCGACUAUUCCGAAGACCUCUACUUCUUCUUCUAGCCACACCACCGGUGGUGGAAACUUUGUUGGCGGUGGUGGCGUUCCUGCCAAGCCAACCUCCACUGGUUUGGCUCCUACAAGCCCCGGCUCCAAGCUCAUCAUUCCUGGUCUCACAGCUGUCGCCAGCAUUGCCAUUGGACUGAUGUUCAUGGUAUAA